AUGAAGGUUGUUGCUGCAUACUUGCUAGCAGUGUUGGGAGGUAACAAAGAACCAACUGCUGAAGAUAUUAAGGACAUCUUAGGUUCUGUUGGUGCUGCUGAUGAUGCCGAUGAAAAGAUUCAACUUCUUCUUUCUCAAGUUCAAGGUAAAGAUUUGACUGAGCUUAUUGCACGUGGAAGGGAGAAAUUCGCUUCAGUUUGUGGUGGUGGUGCUUCUAUGGCAGUUGGUGCCUCAGUUGGCGGUACGUCUGACAAUGGAGGUGCAGCCGAGCAGAAGAAAGAAGAGAAGGUGGAAGAGAAAGUGGAGGAAGAGCUUGAUGAAGAGAUGGGUUUCAGUCUCUUUGAUGAUGACGAAGGAUAUUAA